UCCGAGCCUUCCUCCGGAGAGAGGGGAAGAAGAAGAGGCUGCGCGGUGAUUGGCUGCUGAGAGGGGCGUGCAGCGGCAGCAGAGAGGAACGAUGGCGGCGGUAACCAGGGGCUCCUUCAGUGUUUUCAGGCGGCUGGUGAGUCAGCAGUACCGCCGUCGGUGUUUCCGGCUGCAGACCUUCAGAUCUGUCAGAACCCUGCAGCCGCUCAGCUCCACAUGGGACAGAAAGCUGCAGAUGUUCAGCAGCAGAACGCUGCACACCACCAUGGUGAAUCAAGGACCGAUCGUCCAGUUCAAACUGUCCGACAUCGGAGAGGGGAUCAUGGAGGUGACGGUGAAGGAGUGGUAUGUGAAGGAGGGAGACAAGGUGUCCCAGUUCGACAGCAUCUGUGAGGUUCAGAGCGACAAGGCAUCGGUCACCAUCACCAGCCGCUACGACGGAGUCAUCAGGAAACUCUACUAUGACGUGGACGCCACUGCGCUGGUCGGCAAACCACUAGUGGACAUUGAGACAGAGUCGAGUUCAGAGGUGAUCCAGGAGGAGGACGUGGUGGAGACGCCAGCCAUGGCCCGAGAGGAACACACCCACCAGGAGAUCAAAGGGCACAAGACCCAGGCCACGCCCGCCGUGAGACGCCUCGCCAUGGAGAACAACAUUAAGCUCAGCGAGGUGGUGGGGACGGGUAAAGACGGACGGAUCCUGAAGGAGGACAUCCUGAACUUCCUGGCAAAGCAGACGGGGGCUAUCUUGCCUCCAGCUCCAUUCCAGGAGAUCCAGACUCCGCCCCCUGCUGCUCCCACCGCUGCUGCUGCUGCUGCCAGGCCAUUGAGCAUUCCACCAGCUGUGAAGCCUCCACCAAUCACCAAACCUGCGUUCACCGGCAAAGACGUGACAGAGCCGCUCAAAGGUUUCCACAAAGCAAUGGUGAAGACGAUGACCGCGGCGCUAAAGAUUCCUCACUUUGGUUACUGUGACGAGGUGGACCUGAGCCGGCUGGUGUCCCUGCGGUCGGAGCUGAAGUCGGUGUCUGAGAGUAGGGGGGUCAGACUGAGCUACAUGCCGUUCUUCAUCAAGGCCGCCUCCCUAGGCCUCCUCCACUUCCCCGUCCUCAAUGCCUCAGUGGACGAAGGCUGCCAGAACAUCACGUACAAGGCGUCUCAUAACAUCGGCCUGGCGAUGGACACCAGUCAGGGUCUGCUGGUUCCCAACGUGAAGAACGUGCAGCUGCUCAGCGUGUUGGAGAUCGCUCAGGAGUUAAACCGUCUGCAAACGCUGGGAGCUGCUGGACAGCUGGGCGCUGCCGACCUGAGCGGAGGAACGUUCACGCUGUCCAACAUCGGAUCUAUUGGAGGGACAUACACCAAACCGGUCAUUCUUCCUCCUGAGGUCGCCAUCGGAGCUCUUGGAAAAAUCCAGGUUCUGCCGCGGUUCGACGCCGCCGGUCAGGUGUUCCGAGCUCACAUCAUGCAGGUGAGCUGGUCGGCGGAUCACCGCAUCAUCGACGGAGCCACCAUGUGCCGCUUCUCCAACCUGUGGAGGGACUACCUGGAGAACCCGGCCACCAUGGUGCUGGACCUCAAAUAGACAGGACAGUUUCCCAUCAGCGCCGGGGAGGACGCCACCGACCGCCACUCCUGUUUCUGAGGCCUUCACACUCUGUCGUUUCCUUGUUGCCUUUGAGGGGGGGGGUCAGUCGGUCAGUCGGUCAUGGUGUUACCGUGACGACCACACUCUGAGUGCAGGUAGACGUAGGUAGUUUGGUUUAAGUGAACUUUAUCUGGACUUUAGGUUUAAACUGCAGACUUCUGAGAUGUUCUGUUGCUGCUGGACGACAGGAAUGAUCUGAAACCAGCGUCUGUCUGAGGUUUAGUGUUCAUAUUCAGUCAGAAAAACAUCACAAGGUCUCAGGAGGGUUUCACAGUUAGUAGCUUUAUCCAAAACCUUCUGGAGCUUCUGGAUUUCUGAACACAGCUUUUGGCCAAUUCAUGCUUCCCGUGUGAGGAACCGAAUCUGUUAAAACCACAAUAAUGACGUGUCUGAUUGAUGUUAUCAUAUAGGUGUGGAUGAUGGAGAACCUCCUCAUUCAGUCUCUGGUUGCAGGUUUUUAUGGUGCGUGGUGAAGGUUCGCGUCGACUCUCACAGAUUUAGGUGGACGGUGAAUUUACAUCACAGGACACAGAAAGCAUGAAUUGGUCUUUUUGAGUUCUUCACAUGGAUCAGGAGUAGAAACACGACCAACACCAGAUCAGUUUUACCAGAAACUCAGAUCUACAGUCAGCAGAGAGUCAGUAGAAACAGUCUGACAGAUUUUAAAGCUGCUUAAUGAGGAACCAUGUGAGCAAAGACACAAGAACUACGAGUCGGUUCUUUACUGUAAAAUAUUCAUGAUCAUCAGCGUUCCACUGCAGGAAUGUUUCCAGGAACAUUCUGUCCGUUUCCUCUGUAGAUCCAACAGCUUUAUGUUAACUCAGACCAGAACCAGAAGUAACUGGACUUAACAGAACCAUGGAGGAUUGUUCUAUUAGAAUAAAUAGAAAACGUUCUGCUGUUGAAGGAGAUGAAAAACAUGUUGUUUAACCAACCAGCAUCUGUCCUCUCUGAGCUCAACCAAUCAGCAUCGAGACCCCUACUGCAACGUUUCAGGUUCUGUUCUCUGAAAGAGAUUCUAGCUGGAUGGUUCCUGCACUUCAGAGGUUCAGUUGACAUAAAAGGUUCCUGCAGUGGAAAACAGAUAAAUUAAUGAAAUUAACAAAACUAGAGACAAACUAGAGAUGGUCAUGCGACCAGAUAGAAACAUGGCGGCUGUAUCCGUAUUAGAGUCCAGACAGAAACAUUCAAACUGCUGUUGUUCUUCUACUGUAAAUCUGUGUGUCAUGUGACCAAAUUUGAGUUAAAUUAGCUCAAGAUUAAAACAGCCGAUGGUUUCAUCACAGCAUUGUCUACAGGGAACGAAAGAAACAAAUGAGUUCAGUCCCACAGAAAGACAGAAAACAUGUUUUAAAGCAGUGAAGACAGUUUGACUUGUUUUUUUCCUGAAGUGUUUUAGAGCCAAGUUUAUUCUCUGGCUGCACCAUUAUUUACCGUCUGUUAGAUCUGAAUGUUUAUCUCUGCUGUUGUUCGUCACAUUAAUCAGAACCAGCUCAGAAUCAGUUUGGCUGCUAAUUCAGUUUUAUGUAAAUUCAUUAGUUAUUAAUAUUUCAGACUAAACAGAACCUGUGUCACCUGGAACCAGCUGAUUGGUUACCUGAUAAACGGGACCAGCGGGUGGCGCUGUGCAGCAGGUUGUUGUUAGGGUUAGUGAGUUAGUCCAACCCAAGGUUCAGGAUGAACCCAACAACCAGAACACCUAGAACAUUUUCAGGACAGAAAUUUACUGUUCCUAUUAGAGAUCAGAACUCUGAUUAUAGACUCAGACAGCAAAUCCAAUUGAUAAUCAGCAGUGUUCUCAAUUACUGGUGGUUUAUCCAGAGGAAGUUCUUAGAAGACUUUAGUUUUGUUUGAACUGUUCUUCAGCUCCUCAACAGUAACUUUUCCAAAGUCAGUUCAUCUGUGACAGAAAACCUCCUGGGGUCAUUAACGUCCUCAGAAGUCUAGCUAAACUUCCACAAUCCUCUCUGCUCGUUAACAUGAGCUGAAUGUAGUCCUAAAUGACACACACAACUAAAACGAGAUGAAUGGUAAACGAAUUGACACCAGACUUACACCCAAAAUUAUAAAAAAAAUCACAUGCAAAACAAAGCAAGAGUUAAAUGAGACAAAAAAUUAUGAAACUGAGACACAUGGCAAAAAUGAGAUGUAAAAUGACCAAAACAAGACCAAAAUUGACAAAAAACUUGAUGCAAAAUUACUUAAACAAGAUAAAUGAGGAAAAAAACAACAAAAAUAGACACUCUGAAAUACAGAACCAAGACUUUAAAUGACAAAAAUGAGUUAAGCGAGAAACAAAAUAGCUAAAUCAAGACAUUGAGGGUCAUUAAACACCACAUUAGUAUUUGUCAUGCUACCCGUUGCUAGCUAAACUCCCACAAUGCUCUCUGCUUUAACAUGAAUUGUAGUCUGAGUGACGCCUCCUCUGGUCUCUACAGGAUUAAACAGGAAGAGGCUCCACCUGGUGGAUCAACCAGGUCGUACAGCAAAAGAAAAUAUUGUCAAAAUGACCCAAAAUCUGUCCAGGUUGACUUAAAAUGUGUCCAAAAUAACUCAAAACUUGCCCAAAAUGACCAAACACUUCUUCAAAAUGACUCCAAAUUUGGCCAAAAUGACUGAAAAAUUGUCCGACUCCUCAGAAUUAGUCUAAAAUGACUUAAAACUUGUCCAUAAUUACUUGAAAAUUGUCCUAAUGAACUCAAAAAUUGUCCAAAAUAACUUGAAACUAGUCCAAAAUGUACUGAAACUUGCUAGCUAAACUCCCACAAUGCUCUCUGCUCUAACAUGAACUGUAGUCUGAGUGACACCUCCUCUGGUCUCUAAAGGAUUAAACAGGAAGAGGCUCCACCUGGUGGAACAACCAGGAACCACAGCUGAUCUACAUUGACAUCAUGACCUUCUGCUGCUGUUUUAUCAGUUACGUUUUUAUCCGUUAAAAUAUUAAUGUAAAUUAAUAGAUUAAUCAGUAACACCCCUAGAACCCAUCCUAUACCUGACCUGACCUGUGUUUGGACCAGAACCACCUGUCUCCCCUUUGAAUCAGAAUCAGCUCGUCUCUUUCAUGUGUGGUCAGAACAGUCCUCGUCUGCUUGAUCUGAAGUCUCUUAGACUCAGAACCAACCUCUCUCAGUUCUUCAGUCCUCUGUAUGGAUCAGAACCGACCCUUCUCUAGAUGUUCUGUCUAUGGUAUAGAUCAAGAGUUUAUUGUCUCAGUGAAGCCGGUUCUGAAGUCUGCUGUUGACCCAAACCUUGAAGUGUUCUGUUGUCCAUCAGUCAGUCCAGAACCAGAAGCUGCUUACAGAGCGCUCUGUUUCAUCUCUCAAAACAAGCUUUGCUCUGGUGCCACAUCCUGAUAAUCUGAAUGUUCUGCUGACCCAGUCUGGAUUCAUGGUCAGAGUCUCUGGAGAUGAACUCAGUGGCUGAUGUCGUCUGAGCUCAUGAAGCGAGACUCUGAAACAGCUUUGUUCUGUGAUUGAAGCUUCUACAGCAUGAAUCAUCUUUUACUGGAACAGAACCGAUCAUCUUUGAGUUUUGUUGUUACCAGAGAUGUUUACCUGAAGAACCAUGAUGGGCAUUUUUCAUCCUUCAGACAUUUAUGGACCAACUGAUUAGAAGACUGAUUACAUUUAAUUAUUUCGCAGCUCUGGACACAGAUUCACAAAGAAAACAGAUUGUAAAGUUAGAUUUAUAAAACUGCUUACUUGUUUUAACCCAAGACAAACCCAACAGUCCCGACUGAAGGUCCGUUUAGUUGCUCUGGAACAGUUCCUCUAUUCACCUGACCAGUCUGUUUAAAGGAACCUGAUCGCCUGCUUUCAUGAGAAUGAAUUUGUCAUUGUCGGACCUGAAACAGAACCUGGUUCUGACUGAGGACUGAUGGACAAACAGAAACAAUGAGCCAUUUCACCAGUAGAUGGACUCUUCAGGAUGUUGUAGAUGUUUAAUUCUGACCGAGCACUUUAAGGACUUUCCUACUGACUAAAGCACCUCCAGUUCCAGCACAGCUGAAGAUCAGUUGAUGUGACUGAAAGCUCCAGAACUGCUGCUAAAUGGACCAUGUGGUGGGAUUGUUCUCUCAAACGCCAGAAUAUUGUCUGCAGCUCCGGUUCCACAAACCUACAGCUGAGCCUUGUUCAUCUCCAGAUGUUACGGCCGAUGCUGGUUUUAUCUCCAGAUGUUUCAUUUCCUGUCCCGGUGGCUGCUGGGUAAAAAGCACACGGUGUCUGAUGUAUGUUACAUGACUGUUUGUCUCACAUAUUCCAGAUGUUUUUUCCUGCUUUGUGGUGUUAGUUUUAGCUGCAGAUGAAAUGUAAAGGUGUAUAAACGGUUGGGUUUUGUAUGUUUGGGGAUGUGUCCGUCGGUUUUCAGACUCCUGCUGUCGGAAGUGUUUGAAUAAAGCUAAAGUGCACAAA